GCUUACUCCGUUCAAGAAUAUGGUCGAUGGUGAGGUCCAAAGUCCUAGGUUCCUCAAUUUCGAUCUUCACUUCUAGGUACUCUGAGAUAUGAUUCCCCUUGCAUCUGGCCUCAGCCUAAUGUCAAUUCGUGAUUGUAUUAAAAAGGCUGUGGAGCAAAGUGCGUAGUUCGGUCCACAAGCCUCGAGUUUGAAUAGCACCAAUUCCCCGUAACAGGAAGCGACUCAACAUCGCAGCAAACCUGAACUGGUCUUCAAAAGUGAGAGGAUCAACGAAAACGGAAUCAUACAAAAUCAUGCGACCUGUGUCCGCUUCUAUAUCCACUCGCGCUACAAAUUCAUCUUUGUUUGCAACCCUAAACUCGACAACUGCAACAGCAACAACAUCCACCAUUCUUGGAAUUGGGGUAUCGCACUCACCGCGCAAAGCAAUCAACCAAUGGCACAAACAAUGGAGUUUACCUUGGAAGAGAGAUUGACCAUGGGAGCAUCUAUGCGCGCAGUGGCAACACUUUCAGCAACGGCGACAAUUUUGGCCAUUGCAGCGUUCUUGCUCUUCAAGGAGUUUCGGACAUUGCCAAACACCUUGAUAAUUCUUGCCUCCCCUGCUAAUCUCCUUUCCAACGUUGCCCAAUUCAUUGCAGAAGAUGCUCUCGGAAAUCCAGAAGGCGCAGAGUGUCAACUUCAAGCUUUCAUGCUUGAAUGGUUUGUACAAUCGGACCCGUACUGGUCCUGUGCUGCGUCCAUAACAGUUGGGUUGAUCUUCUUUUAUCGCUUCGGGCAAGAGGACAUCAAACGACUGUACUGGUGGUACUCUCUGCUCUGUUACGGAAUUCCCUUCGUUCUUGGGCUCGUCUGCCUGCUUGUCAACAACCACAACAAGUCCGAUCGAUACUUCGGCAAUGCAGUGAUCUGGUGCUGGAUAGAUCCAGAACACGCUGUAGCACGCAUCUACCUCUUUUAUGGUCCUGUCUGGGUAACAAUAAUCGUUGCAAUCUUCUUGUACGUUGCCGUCGGAGUUCGGGUCUUUACAGCGCGUUCAAGACUUGAUGGAGCAAGAAACAGUCCAUACCACAGCGCUCUGGUCAAAGGAGCAUCAAAUGCCUCGAGCGCCAAAUAUCCGAGUCUCGGUAGUCAAAACACUGAUGUAGAACGUGGGGCUGCCUCGAUAAACUACCCGAGGCCUGCGUGCUCGACUUCGCCUCCUGUUUCAUCUGCUUCUGCCUUCCAAGCCCGUGUCAUUACGGCCAAUUCAACCGAAACUCCUAGCACUGGAACUAAGAAGUUCUCUGCUAGAGUGAAGGAGUUUGCAGUCCGAACGCAAGCUCUCUUCUCGUUCUCUCGGGUUCGUACAACUUUGGAUCGGUUGAAGUUGGAUGAGGUCAAGUACAAAUAUACGAGAACGGGCCUGUUGUUUGCCAUCUCAAUCCUAAUCACUUGGGUACCACCGUCGGUCAACCGUGUAUAUGGCAUUCUGCACCCAAACAGUCCAAAUACGUAUGCUCUUAACGUCCUCGCGGCCAUUGUUCUGCCGAGUCAAGGCCUGUGGAAUGCGAUCAUCUUCUUCUCAACAAGCAUCCCAGUAUGCAAAAGGGUUUGGGCGGAAAUCAGGGCGGGACGACGAGCGAAAUUUGUUGGUAAAAUGUUUGGUUGGAAGCCAGUCGCAAUCAAUAACCCUCUGGGUGUUCAUGGCCUUUACAACUUGGUUUAGACUGUGCAGGCGUCGGUGGGAUGGACUGUGGAAGAAGUGCUGUGCGAUGAGUGUCCCUUAUGGUAAACAGGAUUCUGGAAAAACUCGACAUUCGUGUCAAGGAAAUCGUACUUAUGGUUGUACUUAGAAGGAGCUUAACAGUCCUUAGACAGACAUUCAAUUUGCAGGUACCUGGCUCGUGACUCUGUUCCACCUCGAGUGGUAAUCUAGGACGUCGAAGGCGGAAUUGAG